AUGCCUGGUCGACUCCGAGUCCAACGGCCUUCUCCGACAACCGUUAGCUUCACGGUAUCAAAUGCGCCGCAACGCUCCAAUUCCCCCGCGAAGAUACUCUUCGGUUUCCAGAUCCUACUGAGAACUAUUCUGUUCUUUUGCGUGAUAAUUGUUGGGCUAGCACGAUUACGACACUUCUCAUUCCAAGCCGAUGGUGGAUCAAUACCAUGGCCGGCUAUGUGGGCGAGCCCUCUCGGGUCUCAUGUAUGCCAGCUAGUGGACGCAUACAACCCGUGGGCCAUGGCGGUAAUAGGUACUUUGGUGGUCUAUGGAGUCUUCAGGAGAGGGUAUACAGAGGAAUCGCUUCUGGUUAUUCGAGGGUUCGGCAUCCAAACCUCCACAUCGUCCUCUACCUAUCUUUCAUCGGCCGCAACAAGAUUUAUUCCUACAACCCAAAUUCAAGACAUUGUCAUCCACGAAGCUUUCAAGGGCUUUGAAGUCCGCUUUUAUCUGGCUGUUAUUGUGGAGGGUGAGCCGGACGUCUUGGUGGUCUUUCCGCAUCUACUACCGAAGCGGGAGAUCUUAGAGGAAGUCUGGAGAGGCUCUCGCCGUUGUCUCUAUGAUGCAAAAUCUUGA